CAACCGGACGACCUCCGCCUGCCGAAACAGAAACGAAAAAACACUGCCCAAGUUGCUCGGCGACUCGGCGCUUUCCCUUUUUCCCCUCGAGCGCCGGCGCCGGCGCCGGCGUGCGGCCGGAAACCUCCAUUGCUCCCCGCUUCGACGUUUUCCUAUUCAGCGCUGCAAGUUCACCUGCCGUGGGAUGGCUGGCUUAGGCGACGCCGCCAAGGAAUACAUCGCUGGAUCCGCUGCAGGCGUCGCCCAGGUGGUCGUCGGCCACCCUUUCGACACCGUGAAGGUCAAAUUGCAAGCUCACAACACCACGGCUCACGGAAAGGUCUACAAGAAUGCAUUCCACUGCACUAGUAGGAUACUGGUUGAUGAAGGAAUAAGAGGGUUGUAUAAAGGCGCGUCAUCUUCAUUUAUUGGUAUAGCACUUGAAAGCUCCCUUUUUUUUGGCACAUAUGCACAAGCCAAACAAUUACUACAGGGAAAAUCUGAGGAUUAUAAGCCGCGGCUAAAGGUAAUUAUUCCUUCUGCUGCCUGCAGUGGAGCCCUGAUCAGCUGCAUCCUUGCUCCAACUGAGCUGACCAAGUGCAGAAUGCAAGUUCAAGGGAAGGAUGUGAUGUAUGCGACCCAGUACUCCAGCCCUCUAGAUUGCGCUGUGAAAACACUGCAGCGUGAAGGGGUUAGGGGUAUAUUUCGUGGUGGUUUAGCAACAUUGUACAGAGAGGCAAUUGGCAAUGCUGUCUUCUUCUGCACUUAUGAGUACAGCCGAUAUUGGAUGCACAACUAUAUAGAUUCUCGGCAAUUUUCUAGCAACAGUGGCUUAGUUGUGGCAAAAGAUAUCGGGAUAGGAAUUAUGAGUGGUGGCCUUAGUGGGAUGGCUUUCUGGACAGCUACCCUGCCAAUGGAUGUUGCCAAAACGAUUAUUCAGACAGAUCAUAACCCUCAGUCGAGCCGAAAUCCGUUUCGGGUUUUAAACAUGGUCUAUAGGAGAGCUGGUCUGGCUGGAUGUUAUGCUGGUCUUGGGCCAACACUAGCAAGAGCAUUCCCUGCCAAUGCAGCAGCGAUUGUUGCCUGGGAGUACAGUGCUAAGAUUCUUGGUAUAAGGCGUGAGUAAUGCGAGGGAUACGAUGCUUGUGGCGAUAUUUACCUGCUUCAUUCCCCCACAAAAGUCAAUAAGAAAGUCAGGAAACUAAUCUUUUUCCUGGACUGGAUGGUAUUUAUCACGAUGACAGCAAAAAAGGGCAAAGUGGCUCUAGUUUGUGUAGACAUGAGUUUGAUCGCGGAGGUUAUUGGGGAAUGAAGCAAUUUGCCAUGUUUUCAUGAUUAACUGCUCUCACCUUGCUUGCUGUUACUACUACGGAAAUCAUUUUAUGGUUUACGAGUUAGGGUUUUCUUUGAGAAGUACAAAGUUAGUACAAAGUUGAGUCACUUAUUUUGGGAUGGAGGGAGUAUAUGGUUACUGUUCUGUGGUUGGAAUGAAAGUUGGGAUUUUCAAUAA